AUGUCGUCGAGCAGCCGGAGGUCACGCUCGCGGCGCGCGGGGACCUCGGUGUCGUCGUCAUCGUCGAGAUCGAUCUCGGAGGACCAGAUCUCCGACCUCCUCUCCAAGCUGGAGGCACUGCUCCCCGACGCCCAGGCCCGCAAUGGCGCUCAAAGGGGGCCGGCGUCGAGGGUGCUGCAGGAGACGUGCACCUACAUCCGGAGCCUGCACCGGGAGGUGGACGACCUCAGCGAGACGCUGGCCGCGCUGCUCGCCUCCGACGCCGUCACCGCCGAACAGGCCGCCGUCAUCCGGAGCCUCCUCAUGUGA